UCGAGUACAUAUAGGCGGUACACUACGCACUCCCGGACUAAGCGGCACUACUUCCGUCAGCUCUUCGUUCUCGGUCCCUCUGAGGCCGGAACCGAGGGAGGGGGAGGGGAAAGCAGCUGGGGGUUGGUUUAGGCGGGCGCUGAUAGGCGGGGGGAACGGUAAUGGGAGAGGGGAAAGGGAAAGGUUAAUCGACUCUGCAAGUCGGUAUUACGGGAACGGAAGUGGGAAUGGGAACGGCAACGGGAGUGGAAGUGGGAGUGGGAGCGGGCCAAGACUGGCAAGAAGAGUCCUCCCACUAGCAGGUGACCGCACGCCUUCCACAAACAAGAACGGGACGUACGCUCCUUCACCCACCAUGUCCAUGUCCUACCCCCACCCCCGGCCCCGGCCCUCCCACUCCCACUCCAACUCCCGCCCGAAACCUGCAAGACAGAGAUCGACUUCCGCCCCUGGAGCACGCGGACCUACCAGCCCUGCCAGCCCGAGCCCUAGCCCCUUCCCAACCAGAAGAGGCUGGGAAGAACAAGGUCCAGAAGACGAGCGCGCCUGGGAAGAAGCUGAAGCGUAUGCAGAGUGUCCAGGUUGGUGCUUGAGCUUGGCAGGCUGGGUGGGUGGGUGUUGUGGGUGCUGUGGGUGUUGCUGGUGCGGGUGCUGCGAGAGGCGAGGGGAUGGGGCAGGGGGAGGGGAGGGUGGGUGAGGAGGAUGUUGGUGUGCUGAGCUGCUGGAGGACAGGUAUGGCGAGAGCCCGUAGGGUGUUGGAGGCGUCAGGCGUCAGGCAUUAGGCGUGAGAAGGGGAGAGGGGUGGGACGGGAGGGGUAGGGUUGGUGAGGUGAUGUGGGUGGGACAGCGAUUUACUGGCCAGCACUAGUGCGUUCCUCCUGAGUGAGGAGUACGCGCACUGUGCAUGCUCAGUUGAGUUGAGUUGAGUUGAGUUGAGUUCAUUUCAGUUCAUUUCAGUUCAUCUUGCGCCUGAAUACUGUAGUGCCUUUCUUGUGCUCGCGAUCCCCUAGGAACCACUCUGGAAC